UAAGAAGAAGCAGGCAGGUCGGCUGCGGUGGUCUCUGGUCUGGUCUGGGAUGGGAUGGGAGCAGCCGGGGAUCUCUGAUCCGGACUCGACCGAGAGCUUCUGAUUGUGUGGAAAUGGACCACCGAGAGGCUUUUUGCCGGGCGAAAGGUUCGGCGCUGCCCUGUGUUGGAGUCAUGGGCUGCACGGUGAGUGCCGAGGACAAGGCGGCCGCGGAGAGGUCCAAAAUGAUCGACAAGAACCUCCGAGAAGACGGAGAGAAGGCGGCCAGGGAAGUCAAGCUGCUCCUUUUAGGUGCAGGGGAAUCUGGGAAAAGCACCAUCGUAAAGCAGAUGAAGAUUAUCCACGAAGACGGCUACUCGGAAGAUGAAUGUAAGCAAUACAGAGCUGUGGUUUACAGUAAUACCAUCCAGUCCAUCAUGGCCAUCGUUAAAGCCAUGGUCAGCCUCGAGAUAGACUACAGCAACCCCAGCAGAGUGGACGACGCCCAGCAACUCUUUGCCCUGUCCGCCGCCGCCGAGGAGCAGGGCGUCCUGCCCGACGACCUAUCCAACGUGAUCCAGCGACUGUGGGCCGACGGCGGGAUCCAGAGCUGCUUCGCCCGCUCGCGGGAAUACCAGCUGAACGACUCGGCGGCAUAUUACCUGAACGAUCUGGAGAGGAUAGCCAAAGCCGAUUACAUCCCCACCCAGCAGGAUGUGCUGCGCACCCGGGUCAAGACAACCGGCAUCGUGGAGACGCAUUUCACCUUCAAAGAGCUGCACUUCAAAAUGUUCGACGUGGGAGGCCAGCGCUCCGAGAGGAAGAAGUGGAUCCACUGUUUCGAAGGCGUCACAGCCAUCAUCUUCUGCGUUGCGCUCAGCGCGUACGACCUGGUCCUGGCCGAGGACGAGGAGAUGAAUCGCAUGCACGAAAGCAUGAAGCUGUUCGACUCCAUCUGCAACAACAAGUGGUUUACCGAGACCUCCAUCAUCCUCUUCCUCAACAAGAAGGACCUCUUUGAGGAGAAGAUCACCCGGAGCCCCCUCGCCAUCUGCUUCCCAGAGUACACAGGGGCCAACAAGUUUGACGAAGCAGCCAGUUACAUUCAGACCAAGUUUGAGGACCUGAACAAGAAGAAGGACACCAAGGAGAUCUACACCCACUUCACGUGUGCCACCGACACCAAGAACGUGCAGUUUGUCUUCGACGCCGUCACUGACGUCAUCAUCAAGAACAACUUGAAGGACUGCGGACUUUUCUGAACAUGGACGUUGGUGGGACUGCGGCGGCCAUGUGACAAUUUGACUGCGUUUCAUAAUGAAAACCACGACAGACGUCAUUCCUGCGAGGGGAAAACCUUGAAAGGACUUCAACAAUCAACAAUUUGCUACCAUCUUACCUCCCCCCCCCCCUGCUGUAACGUUGGUCCUCCGCCCAAAUGUAUUCCGAGUUGUUCCGCCUCUUUGUACUCCUCGUAAUGAAUAUUUAAACACCCUCAUCGGGUGAGAAUUAUUUAGCAGCCACUCGUGCGGAAAAACGAGCUGGCUUCAAUUGAAUUAUCGGAACGCGCGUAAAAUGCACCAAGAAUAUUUCUUAUGCAUCAAGAAAAUCUCGUGGAAAUUCUAAUUUAAGUUGCCCAUUUUAUUCACUAAUGAUGUUUUUUUUUUUUAAUGUUUAGUUUUCCCUUGAGAUUUAUUAAAAGAUAGAAUGCAAUCUUAUUUUAUAUCAUAUCAACUGGUCUUAUCAGCCAACUUUUAAGACACGUGGAGAAUGUGAGUGGCUACGUGGACAAAAAAAAAAAAAAAGACAAUUUUUGUACAACAUUGAUAUAUAAUAAUAAUCACAGUAUUCUCCUGCAUGACAUUCCACGAAUUAGCCUGUACCCGAGCUUAUCAUCUUCUACAGUAUUUGACGGCUGCUUCGUACCACUCGUUUAAAAAUACAUUGAACACAAUCUGUGAGCUUUUCAAUGACGUCCGUUGCUAACUUACUGUCAAGUAGCGUGUCUUCUGUUUCUUUCCUUUUGAUGUUUAUGUUUGUGCCUUUAUCUGUUUACGCGUGUUUCUUCAUAUGUGUUCUUGACGGUGUCAAUUAGGGCUAUUUCUACUCGGUAUCCACAGCUUACACUGCACCCAAGUGAAGACUCGCAAGGAUGAUGCAGUAUUUGUUUGUUGACAUUAAAGCGAGUGACUUGGUAAAUGUAAAUAAUAAAAGUUUGGUCAU